GAUGGCCAAUCGACCAACCGAUAGUGCGAUACCAAUAACAAACCGCUAAACGCAAGAAGAAGCAUAUCACUGAUAAACAAAAAAUUAAACAAAUUUUUAACCGACAAGUUCCCUCUCCGACCUCAUCCAAAUUUAAUUAGAUUGCAUCUUGAAAAGAGCAUGGAGCCGGUUCCGGAGGAGGCACGCGGAGUGGAUGAUGACGAGGGGGAACUCGAUUGUCUAACGCAUAUGUUAGGGGCGUUGCUUUUGCCAGAUGACCCGGGGAAUCCUGAAAAUGCUGACCCAAAGGAACCAAUUUGGAGAGGAGAGCUGGAAUGGGAGGACGCAUCGAUAUCGGAUAAACCAAAGACUCUGCACACGCUUCAAUUCAACGUCUGCACCAAGACUAAGGAUGGUCAGCCGGAGAUCAAGUCGGAGAACUGGCCAAAGAAGCUGAAGACACAAUUGAUAUCCAAAAAAGUGCUAGGUAAAAUUGGCGAACAAUUCCUUAAGGAUGCCAAAAUAGUAGUUUUCCGAUCCAGCCCAGGAGAAAUACUCAAUUCGUUGGUCAGGGUGAUGAGCUCCGGUUUCGCUGGUUGCAUCCACUUUUCCCCAAAUACCAACUGCAGCAUUAAGGCUCUAAUUCUACUCUACUCACCCGACCGCCAAGCUCUGCUAGGCUUCAUACCCAAUAAUCAGGUUUUGUUUAGCGGACGACUGCAAGAGGUUCUUCAGGGAGCAAAACGAAAGCCGGGCGUCCAAGCACCCAUAGAGCCACAGCCAGAAGAAGCGCCUCCGCAGGAGGAAGAGGCCAUUAUAAAUGAACUUUUAUGGACGGGAACGCUGAAUUGGACAACACAAACAGAUUCAAAGCAAAGCAUUAGUCACAAGCUAGAGAGUUCCGUGUACAUCGCUUUGAAAAACGGUGAACCAGGGAUCAGUUCGGAGGAUUGGCCAACUGAUAUGUCUAUGAUUUUGAUGCCCACAAUUUACCUUAGUCAGUUCGCCGGAGAGUUUAUUAAGGCAUCAAAAAUUAUAAUUCUCCGAUCGACACCUGGAGAAGAGCACGACUCGCUAGCAUCGUCGAUGACCGCCGGCAGUUGUGGCUGUGCCCGCUUUUCCAACGAGGUUGUCUGCAAAGUUAUCAUGCUGCUGUAUUCAUCCACCAGGAACGCGUUCUUGGGCUUCAUUCCGAAUGAUCAGGCUAUGUUCGUCAAGCGAAUGCGGGAAGUUUUAGAAGAAUAUCGCCAAAAAGCGAGAAACAAAUAGUAAAAAAGUAUGUCAAAAAUAUGAUCUCAACGUAUAUUUAAAGUAUUUAUAUGAACUAUAGGUAUAUCAAAUUUAUAGUCAUAAAAUGUA